AUGGAAGAGAAUCAUAAGCCGAAAGUAGAGAUUGUGGUACCGGUGCUCAAGAAGCGAAACCGAAUGGACGCCAUCUCCACUGUAACCGCUAUGAAUGAGAUGGACGGCAAGCCGUACGCUAUGAAUCACAUGAACCACAACUCGUUGAAUGUGAUCAAUAAGAUGGUGAGUCCGGCGUCGGGCGACUCUCAACACGACUCCGGACAGGAGGACGAAGUGAUGGAGGAUUGCGUGAACGCGCGGACACCACUCAUGGCCAUCAAACGGGGCACCGAUCAGGCUUGGGUUUUGAUCGAACAGAUCGAUAACUCGGAGCCGUCGACACCUGUAUGACAAUGAGAGUAAUGAUGCUAUCGAUUGGUCGCCCAAUCCAUGGCAUCGGCAUAUCUGAAGAGAGAACUUAUUUUUUGCUCAACCAUUGCAACCAUUGGCCGAAUUAUGAACACAUGUUACCAUUGAAUUGGUUUUGAUUAAUGUCGAAGUCUUUCACACAUUAGGAUUGAUUUGAAAGACAAUUACUUUGAAAGAACUCAUUGAACGGCAUAUGAAGACUGAGUUAUGUUUAAGUGCUCUUAACAUCAAAAUCGUAGCUC